AUGUGGGCUCAGAAGAAGCCACAGCCCUCGCUCGGCCAGACGCCCUCAGGACAGAACGAGUCGCCCAGCCGAGUCAGGCCUAAAUGCUCGCCAGAAGAUAUCAAGUUGGGGAGUCUGCAGCUGGCUGAAACUUGCACAAUUAGCGGACUCAAACUGGAAGCAUUGCUGCUGAGACGAGGCAUUCACAAAACGCGCCCAACGGCGCAGCCGGGCUGCCAAAUCUGGCAAGUGACGUGUCCACUUCUGGAAGUGUACAAAUGCAUUUGGGCGCGACGGCUCGAUGAGUGA